UGUUAAUUGGGAAAGAGCAGACUUCCAAGUUACAAAUAUUACAACUGUUCCACAUGUGAACAAACCCUAAAACAUUUCCGUCUACAUCAAAGAUCAUCGUAGUCAUUCACCAAAACCCCUUUCUUUUUUCUCUUUGAUUUUUUUUUUUUUAAUCCCCGCCCAUUUGUGGUGAUGUAUAAGCCCCCGAUAAUGAUUUUCCCAUCUCAGGUGGGUAAAUUAGCUGAACAGUACCGUGAUUAUCAAAGGCGUGAAAAACACAAGCUUUUGUGGCUUCCUCAGAAUCCGGAGACGAUCUGAUCAGCGAUUUGCCGGAAAAUGUUCUGUGUCAAAUUUUGUCGUUUCUCCCCACAAAAUAUGCUGUGGGCACCUCUGUUCUGUCUUCCAAGUGGAAAGAUUUGUUCCUUUUGAUCCCAAAUCUCGCCUUGAAAUUCGAUGAUUCCUUACUUUUGCAUCCCGAUCUUUGGAAGAAGAAGAAGAUGAUGAAGAAGAAGAAGAAGAUGCCCCGGCCGCUGAAAUCGAGCCCAAGGAAGUGCGUAAAAGCAGCUUUGUUGAUUUUGUUGGCGGGGUUUUGAAGAGGUUGCUGCGGAACAAGGCUAGCAUUUAUCAAUUCAAACUCACGUGUGUGGAGAUUUACGAUGAUGAUUGCAUUGCUUCUUGGGUUCGACAUGCUGUAAUGCUUCGUGUCCAAAAUGUUUGUCUUAAUGCCUCAAUGAAAGAUUCUGGUAAGGUCAUUAACGCGUUUCAUGGCUGCACUAGUUUAGUGGAGUUGUACUUGGUUAAUUGUUCUGUUCGCAAUGUUUCACAUAUCGAGUUUCCCAGUCUGAAAACAAUAGUGCUUGAUCAUGUUGAGCUUUCUGAUGGUGAAUCCUCGGCAUUGCUCUUUGAUGGAUGCUCUGUAAUCGAAACUUUGGUGCUAAGUCAUUGUGAAAUCAAUAUGGACUACUUCUGUAUCGGUAUCCCUUGGCUGAAGAAUUUAUAUAUCAGGUGCUGUUUCAUUAAUAGUAGUACGACAGUGGACAUUGAUUCCCCUGAGCUGGAAUCCCUGUACUAUGUUGGCAUGCUUGUUGAAGUUUUCGAAUUUGCCGAAUUCGAUCAUAUUCGUGGUUUAGCAAUACAUGUUAUACCCAUGAACAAACUUUUGCAAGGCGAUGAUGACGAAUUAGACAGUUCGUGCUAUGAUUUUGUGAAGUAUGCUGAGCUAGUCAAUCCAUUCUCUGGAGUUGAGAGUCUAUGUUUAGGACAGUUUUCUAUAGAGGCUCUCUAUCAUCAGUUACUUCCGCUACCUAAAUUCUGUAGCUUAAAGAGUUUGCAUCUCGACACCAUUGGUAUGGCUGGAUGGAUAAUAUUGGGAGGCCUACUUGAAAAUGCAUCAAAUCUUGAGACACUUCAUUUUCAGGGGUUUAACAUGUAUGAGGGAGGCUUUGCGAGCUUCUUUUCAUCUCUCAAUGGCGUGCCAACUUGUUUAUCCUCAAGCUUGAAGGGUGAUUAAGUUCGCAACAUUUGAAGGACAGGAGGAUGAAAUCGAAUUGAUCAAGUAUUUCUUAAAGAAUGGAGAGGUUAUGGAGAAGAUGUUUAUUAACUGUAACUUUGAAGGGGAAUUGGACGUCGCCUUCUUCAAGAGAAUGCUUGCGUCUGUAUCGAAGACUUGCGAGAUUGUCUGGAGCUGAAAAAACCUACAUGGUGAAAUCAUAAGAACUUGGACUAUGUACUUACUAGUUACUGCACUUUUUUAAAUUAAAAAAAAAAAAAAAAUUGAACUUGAAUGCCAUCUGGAACUACUUGGUGGUCUUUAAACGUUUGUUUUGUGGAUUUGGUAGUAAGUUGCUCUGCGGAUCUUUUCAGGAACAUCCAAGAAAUGUUACCGUUGCUUCAUUAUCUUUCUUCUUGUUCUACUAUUGUUCCCUUUAUUUUCCCUGGAGCUUGAAUACAACAAAAGCA